AUGUCAAUCGAAGUUGAUGGAUUUAACGCUUCUCCUUUAUUCAAAGAGUUGGGCGAUGGCUUAAAAGACCCCACCGCAGUUACUAAAGCUAUAAAGGGUGUUAAUGCCGUUAUUGUUAUUACUUUGAAAAAUAAAGAAGGUAAGGAAAACUCGUGGGUGUUGGACUUGAAGAAAGAUGGUAGUUUGAAAUCUGUCUCGGGACCUCCUCCAAAAGGUGAUGUGCAAUUAUUGUUGAAGGAUGCUGAUUUUGUCAAGUUGGCUAAUGGUAAGGCUAAUGGUCAAAAAUUAUUCAUGAAUGGUAAAUUGAAAAUCAAGGGUAAUAUGAUGAAGGCUACUGCUAUUGAAACAGUAUUCAAGCAAUUGGACCCAAGACCAAAAUUGUAG